AUGGGAAAUCAACCACCAAAGAUCAUUUAUACUGAUCAAUGUCAAGCAAUGGCAAAUGACAUUAGAGAUGUUUUUCCUGAUACUUGUCACCGUUUAUGCUUGUGGUAUAUAUCGUUGAAUGCAACAAGACAUAUAGCAAGCUACUUAAGAAUCCCUGACUUCAAGAAGAUGUUCAAUAAGUGUCUUUAUGGUUAUGAGACAGUUGCAGAAUUUCAAUCUACAUUGGAUGAGUUACUUGUGACAUUUAAUGUUACAGAGAAUGAAUGGUUUAAGAGACUAUAUACAUUACGGAAAAAAUGGUGUGCAACCUUCAGCUUACACACCUUUUCUGCUAGAAUUCAAGUUUCACAAAGAAGUGAGAGCACAAAUAAUGUGUUUCAUCAUAUAUCUGCUGCAAAAAUGAGGCUUAUUGAAUUUGUUCAUCAUUAUGAUAAGCAAGUAGAAUUGACACGCUUAAGUGAAUUAGAAGAGACUUUUCAUUGCACAAAUGACGUACCUUCUACUGCUAAGAGGAGUACUAAACUACUAUAUCAUGCUGGUAAAGUUUAUACAAGAAAAAUUUAUAAUUUAUUUGGGACUGAGCUUACCGCUAGCAUGACAUUCAAGAUGGAUGAAGUUGAUACUAAUGAAACUGUACAUACUUUUGAAUUGAGUCAGGAGGGUUGCAAUAGAAUUUCUGUUGUGAAGCUGAACUCUUCAGAUGACACAAUCACAUGUAGCUGCAAGAUGUUUGAAUCUAUGGGAUUGUUGUGUCGUCAUGCUCUAAGAGUAUUGAAUGUGAGGAAUUUUACUAAGAUACCACCGCAAUAUAUACUGAAGCGUUGGAAAAAGGAUGCAAAAUCUAGAAUUGGGGCACAAGAACAUGAAACAUUAUUACAACAAAAGAAUAAACCAUAA